GUGAUGUUUUUUUGUUUUGUGAUGAAUCCGAAAGUAAACAUCGGUUUUCAAAGCAAACAUGUUUCACAUUGAGCUCUUGUUUUUGUUGUUGUUGUUUUUGAUAAGUGCUUUGCGAUGGAAUUUCUUGGGCUCCUCGUAAAUAAAACUCUGUGUAUAGUGUGCAAGAAAUUGCAAUGACGUCAUUUGCAACGUGUAAACCCAUAGAACAGGAGGGACUGCAUCAUGCAAUUUCACUAGGGAAUAUCGAAACAUCAGCUAAGUCGAAUUCGUAUCAAGUUGAAAGAUGUUACGAUUCAGAGGAUGAAAAUAUGGGCAGACGAAGGACACGAACACAAUCUCCAUCGGAUUUGUACCAUAAGACUUCGGUAUAUUCGAAGGGUGAUAUUAGGGAGCAGUAUUGCCUUACGGAUAGACAACUUAAUACGAUUGAACGUCCAAGGAGGGAACGUUUUUUCGGUUGUUUUUCAAGCCGUGGAGCUCCGCAAUCAUUUUUGGGCGUUUGUGUGGGUAGGAGAGCACCCUCUGAUGAGAAUAUUGCAGAUUAUGCUCCAUUCUACAAAUAUCCUCGCUACCACCAUCACUGUUCACCAGAACAGAAACCACCUGAAGAUGACCAAGACAGUUCCUAUUUUCGAAGACAACCUGCUUCCAUAUUGAUAACAGCGAAAUGUGGUACCAGUAAUGAUAAUGCACCAGAUCGUUAUUCAUGGAUUGAACCAACACAAAUUAUUGACGACUCUAAUCUUCGCCCCAAAGAUCUAGGCUUCCAGCAAGAAGCCUUUAUAGUGAGAGGCUACAAACAACCGCAGUAUUUGAACCACAAUUCAGAACAUAUUACCUGUGUUUAUCGAUGUCCAGCGCAUGUUGGUCUCCCACCACCUCCUCCCCCACCAACUAAUGCCCCUAGUGGACCACCAACUCCAAGGACAAAACACGUAAGUUUUGCUCGAUCACACACUUUGACAUCCUUUGAUGAAGCAUCACUUCGUUCAUCUGGUCGCAUGAAAGGAGCCCGAAGUCAAGAACGCCUCAUUGGCGGCAAGAAGCCAAUCAUGAAUGCUGGACCUAUUUAUGAGCCAGCUCAACAUCCAACUGCAUUUGUUACCAGAACUUCACACCAUCACAUUAUACCGCAUCCGCAUCAGCACACUCAGAUAAUUCAACAACCGGCUUAUCACAUUCAUCAUCCAAAUCAAAUACUGGUUCCAAUGCAUCAGCAUGAAUUGGUAGCAGCACAACACCAUCCAACCAACGAGGAAUUAAUAUCAAUGAUGCAAGUUAAUCGAGGAUCUAUUGCAGAGCUUAAUGCUGCAAAUAUGGGAAAUAUGAGUAAUAUGGGAAAUAUGGGUAGUAUUGCUACUGCCCAGAAAUCUCCAUCAGCAGCUGAGGUGAUUCUUGUGGAGAAAAUCAAGAGAAAUGCCAUGAAGACCCAGGCAACUCAGACUGAGGGAUAUGCUGCAGCAAAGAAAGAGGGAGUCCCAUAUAAUUUGGCAUUGAGUCCUCGCACUGUUCACAGGGUCAAAGUUGUUUCCCAAGGAGCUCAAACGAAUGGCAUUUUAAAUGGAAGGAAACUUACUAAAAGCUUGUCGGAAAUGAAUAAUGGUCGUGCAGUAAGUGGACAAUCUGGCGAUUAUCUAUCAGCUGACAAACAUAAACUACCAAUUGAUCAUGAACAAUUACAUCGCACACAGUCCGAAGAACCUCCACGAUCUCCAUCAAUGACUCUACAAAAUAACAUUGGUGAAGAACAAACUAACAUUAAGUACUAUGAACCACCACCGCCAAUAAACAUAUCGUCCCAUUUGAAGGCAGUCAACGCAAAUGACCUAUACAUGAGUAAUUUGCCCAGGAAGCAAUCUCAAGAAAGCGUUUACUCUUUCAGAGCUACAGACAACGAAUCAGCAUUGUCGAUGAGUAAUAGUAGCCGACAACACCAUCAUCGGGGCCCAGAAGAUCAUUCACAACAAUCACAACACGUCUCUAGAUCUAGAUCGUCUUCCCAGAGCAUUCACGCCUCGCAAUCAAUUUAUGGUCCCGGGUAUGAUGGAUCUUCGAAUGCUGGCAGUGUGACUGACUAUGAAGGACCAAAUUUUGAUUUUGAACGAAAUAGUUUGCCACGUCGAGCUUGUGGUCAGCACAGGUUGGAUGUUGAGACUUAUACUCAUAGCUUGCCACGACGUGACACGAUGCAGAAUCACGAGAGUUGUCGGCACAUUACAGAAUGCCCGGAACUCUUGAGUGAUGGAGUGAGGGAAUACAGGGGAGAAGAUUUGCUGGAAAAGCUGGAAAUCCAUCGCCAGUCGUGGAGCGAACAACGAAGAUCAUCCAUGACUGGUCAACGUGCUUCAGAUAAUGCGUUUUCACGUGACUCACUGCGUCGCAAAUCAAUGCCAAUGCAACCGUUUAUAAUUCCUUUCCCUGGUGCGCCCACAUCCAUUGUCAAGACCAAAAUUUCUGAGUCAAAAAUGCAUGCACAACAGCAGCUUCAAUCACAGCCACAGCCUCAGGCACAACCACAGUCAUUACCAGUUGUAAUUAGUAAAAAAGAAGAACCCAAACCAGAACCCGAAGAAGAAAAAGAGAUCUUCAUAGAUUUCAAGCCCCAUGCCUCGCCAAAACCAAGUCCGAAAAUAAACAAGAAAAAACUCACCAAAACCUCAUCGGACGGGGAAAUUCUUCACGAACGAAGGCGACGGCAAGAAGCCGCCCAAAAAGAAGCUGUCCAUCUUGCCACAAUUUCGACAAACCAUGCUUCAUCAAGUACAGCUGAAGAAGAAGACAACGACGAACAUUUGUACCAAAAUCUUCCACUAAAAGAUGUAAAACCUAUACCAACUGUAACCAGUCUUUCCCCUCCAGACCAACCGAAGGAAGGAAGCAAACGAGACAUGUUCCGAAAAAGAUCAAUCAGCUUGGAAGAUCCAAACACUUCCAACGAAGCGAGAUUGGCCAAAUCAGCGCCACCUUCACCCUGCCAAGAGGAGCUCUUAGCCAAUACAUCAACCUAUCCAUCAUCCGACUCACUGGCCAAUGAUCUAACACGAGAUCAUUCCGAUGGACUCUGGAAUGACUCCCAAGUGACUGUAGUCACUGUAGAGCCCCGUGAAGAAAGUGACAAAGGUUCAACAUCGCAUCUUCUGACGCCAUCAUCGAAAAGGAAAAACUUACUACUGCAGCACCAACAACGAAGUUCCAUAGACACUGACUUCAUUGAUUUCGAUGAACAGAUGUCCGACCAUAGUCCAACGUUCUUAGUUCCUCCAAAGCCAAUGGCAAUUCAAGUUGCCACCUCGAAAGGUGUUAAAGAUCCAACGCAAAGCAAAAGUCUGACUGUGCCAUGUUUGAAGCAACCCUCACCAACGAUUGCUGUCACUCCAACUAUUGCGAUUCGGGCUCAUCCUGAACUUCCAUCUCCGGUGAAUAUUAGGCGACUCUCAAGGACGAUGUCACCAGCUCCAGAUCCUAUCUAUGUGUCAAAUAGAUUCCUAGACACAUCGAUAACGGUAACUAGUCAAAUGCAACCAGAAUACCACAUCUAUAGCCGUCGGGACUCGUCGGUGAAGACCAACAACACCGACCUUUCAGAAUGUAGUACCAACACAGAUGAAUACAUCACGUGCACGGACACCUCAAGACGCACGCCAGUUUCAGCUCAAAGUUCCCAGACAGAACGAACUCAUGAUGGGUCUUCAUUUGAGAGUGCUUCUUCGCUGUAUUCCACUCGGGGAGAUGGACUUUCUGAAGAUGCCCCAACAAUAGACGAACAAUUACCGGGAGUUCUAGUGCAAUCGCCAUUAUCUCCAAAAUCUGAGAUGGUGAAGCAGUCCCCAUCGCAUUCUAUAUGCAGUACCUCUUCUGGAAGCUAUAACAUUGCCGGUGGACAAUCGACACAAAUUACUCCACUUAAAGAAGAAAGUCCACCACUUCCGAUUGCAGUAUCCCCACCCAAAACUGUCACUAUUGCUCCCAGACAAAGUGUGGCGUCCUCUUCGAAAGGAGUUUCAGCAACAUCUAGCAAACAGGGUGCUUCGAUUUCGGUAAAGAAGAAAGCUGAAUCGGUAUCGGAUGAUGAACGAAGUGAGAAACGGUACUCAUCGUCUGGGUACUAUGAGAGUCCUCCACAUGAAGAAGAUCCUAAAUUGUCCAAAUUUCGACGACAUCGAGCCGAAGAAGACCGCCGCCGGAGAAAGUCAUCAAUGAAGCUGGACAUUGAACGGGAGAAUCUCCGAGCCCUAACAAGUCCCAUUAAAAAAACCGUUCUUUCUCCGAAACCUGUUGCUCAGGUUUCACCGGAAGGACAGUUAACAACGAACACAAAUGCCGCCGUAGCAACAACAGCCGUCAUCGCGACCAUCGAUGGUGCAAGUCCCAGCAAAAUGAAAAGGUUCCGUCCUAAAAUACGAAGACAAUUCCGCCGAUCAUCGAGGGACGAAUGCACCCCACGCAAACAGAAGGCAAUCAGUGUACCAGGAAGGAGUUCAGACUACAAGCCGCCGCCGCCGCCACAAGAUGUGGCAACCAUCACGAGUCCAUUGAAAUCAUCACAAAGUUCUGGCAAUCAACUCAAGGCCAAGUCCAUUGAAUCGUUGCGUUCGGUUUCACCGGGCUCGGAUUCAGUUUUUUACAGCGAAGCCGAUGGAGGAGUAGGAAUUGAUCAGCAAGUACAUUGUUUACACUGUGGUAAAGAAGUUGAGAUUGUUAAUGCAUCUGGGUCACAGGAAUCAAUAGCAGCUAUAGAGCAGGACGAUGACGAACUGGACAUUGUAAAGCCGCCCGCUGAUUUUGCCGAUUCACCAGUUACAACGAAAACCUCGCAGCGUUUGUAUAAGAAAAUGGACAAGCGGUUCCGGUCGGAGGAGAGACAUGGUGGUGAUCGUGGUAGACACUAUAAGAGCCGGCAGGAGAAUAUUAGAGCUAAGAGUGAAGAACGUGGCAAGGAUAAUAGCUCGCAGAGUCCUCCUGUAUUGAGACCUGCUGGGUCGAGUCCUUGUGUGCUGCCAAAUGAAACAGUUGUUGAUAAGGAUCAGUGUGUCUAUCGUGGUAAUUAUGAUAAUAGUCGUUAUACACGGCUAACAGAUAUUGAUGUGUGGAUUCAAUUGGAUCAUCAGACUUUUGAUCGACAACGAGAUCGUCGUGGAUCAACCGAAUCGGAAAAGAAUUUCCAUUCCAAAUAUCAAGUCAUUCUGCAUAGAUUGGUUCAAAGAAGAUGCACAUUGGAAAUGUACCAUCGACAGAAAACUAACUCCUUUAUUUUAGAACUUAUAUCAAAAAAUUCUACACCGGAACCGUUUCGGAGAAAACUUGAAGAAGUUUUCAAAUUGAUGUUGGUAGUUUGGGCGCGGGAGGCUCAUGUGUUAGCUAAAUUAGGUUCCAAAACAAAUGAAAUUGACAAAACAAUUGUGGUAAAAAGUGAUUCAGGAGAAUUCGGUUUCCGAAUACACGGAUCAAAACCCGUUGUGGUAGCUGCCAUCGAACCGGAUACUCCAGCUGAAAGUUCAGGUCUAGAAGUUGGUGAUAUUAUAAUUUCAGUAAAUGGAGUAUCGGUGCUUGACAAACAUCAUACCGAAGUUGUCAAAAUUGCUCAUGCAGGAUGUGAGACUUUGGAAUUGGAGGUGGCACGAACAAUUGGUGUCCUGAUGAACGAGAAACAAGAUUCACCUCGUCCUAUUAUACAGAAAGGUUAUCUUUGGCGACAAAGUGGCCAUGCGAAGGGAAUACCAAACCCAAAGAAAUGGGUGAGAAGAUGGUUUUGCCUUAGACCAGACCAUUGCUUAUAUUAUUACAAGACUGAAGAUGAUACUCAACCUGUGGGGGCAAUCAUCCUGGCAAAGCAUACUAUUGAACGUUGCGACACAAGUGUUGGAAAGCCUUUUGCUUUUAAGAUUGAAGCUGGCGAAGGUAUUCCAAUGUAUCUAGCAGCUGAUACCGAGGACAUUUUAUCGCGAUGGAUAACAACUAUGAGGCAUUCGGCUACACAAGCAGAUCCUUGGUUAGAUAUGAGCUCACGGAAUUUAAAACUCCCGCCUGGAGGAAUUGAUCGUCCUGAUUGCUUUGGCUACCUUAUGAAACUCGGUUCCCGAUGGUGUGGUUGGUCGAAGAGGUAUUGUGUCCUAAAGGAUGCUUGUUUAUACUUCUACCAAGAUGCAAAUAGUAAAGUGGCUUUUGGAAUGGCAUGUCUUCAAGGUUUUAAGGUAGCCUCGAUGUCAACUAAUUCAGCUGGUCGCAAGAAUUCAUUCGAAAUUAUCCCACCAGAGUCAAAACUUCGACACUAUUACUUUAGCACAGAGUCAGAAAUGGAUAAGAAACGUUGGAUAUCAGCUUUGGAAUAUUCGAUAGAUCGAUGGAUCAAAACCGGGUAACUAGCGGUCAAAUCUAAGCCCCACAAAAAGAAACGUCGUAGCAUCAGCAAGUCAACUUACUGAUAGUAAAGAAAAAGACAAAAGUCACCACAAGACACUAAAAAAGGCACUGUGAGAAAUAUUGGAGAAAUGUCUGUCUUUCUCGAUAUUCAAGGUGUCGGUAGAUAUAAAUGUAACGCGUGCUACGAAAUGAAGCUAUCCAUCUUAAUUGUUGUCAUUGUGUUUUUUAUUUUUUUAAUUUUUUUAAAAAAUAUUUUUUAUUAUUAUUAAUUUAUUAUUUUUAUAGAUGUGUGUAUUUUGAAUAUUGUCAAAAAAAAAAAAAAAACAUGAACAAGCAUUGUACAAAGCGUUUAAACACAAAAAAUAAAAUAAUUUUCUUAAAGAAAACAAAAUCACAUAUGAAUGAAUAAAAUGCCUAAAAAGUUAAAUAAAUAUUUUUACUAAAUAAAAAAAUGAAACGUUAAAUCGAAUAUAUUAGAAAAAUUAAAUUAAAUUAAUAAAAAAAAAAAACAAAACAAAAAAA